AUGCCAGAAGAAGUAGCAAGCAACAUUAGGACCAAGGUCGUUCAAAACGAUGGUCGACCAGAGAGCAUGAAGUUGUUGACCGAUCUCAAGAACAUCUUUCAAAAGCAACUACCCAAAAUGCCCAAAGAAUACAUUGGCCGACUUAUUUAUGACAGGGCACACUUGACUAUGGCGUUAGUACGUGACGAGAAGAAGAUUAUUGGAGGGAUCUGCUAUAGGCCGUUCGAGAGCCAGGAGUUUGCAGAGAUUGUGUUUUGUGCUAUUGCAUCCACAGAGCAAGUCAAGGGCUACGGUUCUUAUUUGAUGAACCAUCUCAAGGAUUAUAUCAAGCAAAACACCAACAUGAUGCACUUUUUGACAUACGCCGACAAUUAUGCCAUUGGAUACUUUAGGAAACAAGGAUUUACGACAGAGAUCACGUUGGAUCGGAGGAAAUGGGUGGGAUACAUCAAGGAUUAUGAAGGAGGAACAAUCAUGCAGUGCACAAUGGUCCCCAAGGUUGAAUAUUGUCGUGUAAAGGAAACGUUGACCAUGCAAAAGAAGGCAGUGCAAGAGAAGAUCAAGGAGAAUUCAUCAUCUUAUGUCAUAUACGAUGGUAUUGAUAUGCCGGUGGGUGAAGAUGGAAAACGGCGUAUUGAUCCGCUAGAUGUACCUGGCGUGCGUGAAUCUGGUUGGACCCCCGAGAUGGAUGUGAUAUCCAAUCGACCACGACAUCCACCCCAUUACAAUCAAAUGCGACAUUUAGUAUCCGAACUACGAUCACACGCGCAUGCUUGGCCGUUUGUUGAAGCCGUCAAUGCGGAUGAAGUCAUCGACUAUUACGAUAUUAUUAAGGAGCCCAUGGACUUGACUCAACUCGAAGAGAAUGUGGAGAAGGAUCAAUACAUUACCAUGGACGAAUUUGUCACGGACGUUCAAAAGAUUUUCGACAACUGUCGUCUCUACAAUGGCGAGCAUACCAACUAUGGGCGUUGUGCCAACCGACUCGAGACCUACUUUAAUGAGCGAUUACAAGUUUGGACAAAUGGAGAUUACUGA